UUCACCCCAGCUGAUGGCUCCUCUCAGUUUUGUGUCAUCCGACUGUACGGCGAAGUCGCUUUUUCUUUAUUAUUAACACUAUACUUUACCUUUAAUCUCGGACUAAUAUGCUGUUAUUGUGCAAAUAACGUUAUUUAACAUGUUUAUGUGGGUCAGCAACAAAAGCAGCCCAGAUUUACCCUCAUUUCACUGAAGAGUGUGUCGGUUUCCAGCAACAUGUUCACCGGUUGCGUGUUUAUUGUCCUUGUGGCUGCUGUGUCCGCACAAACCGAGAAAACUGUGUACGGGGAGGAGGGCACUGACGUCACCCUGGAACCCGAGGCCGGUUCUGUUACUGCCCCGAUCACCAACAUUGGAUGGAAGGAUGACGGUAACUACGCCAUGAGCUGGGAAGGACAGGAAAUUGAUCUUUACCGCCAUUUUAAAGAGCGCGGCGACUUAAACACGUCGACUGGAGCCAUGACAAUCAGGAAAUUGAUUCGGAACGACAGUGGGCUCUACAUGCCAGAGAUCAACGACAAAAAGGGCAGUCCAAUCCGCCUCAUAGUGAUCUCUGCUGUGCCUGAGCCCAGUGUUCUUAAACGCUGCAAUGAGGAGACAGACACAUGUGAACUGAUCUGUGAUGGAAACACAACAGGAGCUGCACCGGUCAGCUACACGUGGAGGUCGGAUGAUCAAGUGGUGCCAGGUUCCUCCAACAAGAAUUAUGUCAUCAAGGAGGACAGUUCAGGUGUAAAAUCGUUCACCUGUGAGCUGUCGAAUCCAGUCAGCAAGAAGAUCAGCCAAGCUUUUCACCCUUCUUCCCCUCCACCUUCGGAGGGAGGUGGGAAGCAGCUGAAUAUUUCCAUGGCGGUCACAGUCUUCAUCAUCAUGCUGGUCCUUGUGCUGCUGGUGGCUUCCUUUCACAGGUGGAAAACAGGAAUGUGGUUCUUUGACAAAGCAUCCAUGCCCUGGGAAGCAGAUUUUUGGAGGAGGAAUGAGAGACCACCACAACCAGCGAGCAACACGGCUGAAUCCAACGGCAGCGCUGCCAACCAGCAAAGUGAAGAACCAAGUGAGGAAACAGCAAUGAAGCAGCCGGCUGGAUAUUAGCCAGACUGAGACGGUCUCUUCUGAAUGCUACAAAGAAGUUAUGAGAGAAAAAUACAACGCUUUUUUGUCUUUUUCUGAUGGGACUGAAAACAACGAAUUCAAGUGCGAGUGUCAGCGUGUGUGAGUCUCUGCUUUCUGAUGUUGGAUAACAGGAAAAACCUGCCCGUGCAGCUUUUACCAACUGAGACCAAACAUGGAAAAAAAUAUUCUUUGAAGGGAUCUGAUGCUGAUAAGGGGGAAAGAAGUCAUAGUUAAUAGGAGCUGUGUGGCAGGGAGAAGCUACCGGAGUAGAAGCAGAAAAAUACAUCUUAAACAAUUCCAGGAAGCUCAUCAAAAUGGACUUUCCUGUGCGGGACUGCAUACCUGACACCGACUGGUAUCUCAGAACUCGUUAAAGCAGCGGCUGCUGAUUAUUUGCGAUGUGAAGCGGCUUUCUCGUGACCUCACGGAGUCGCAGGAACUCAACUGACAGGAGAGGAAGAAGCGAGGCCUUUGUGCGGUCCGAGCUGCCAGAGCAACUAACAAUCGCAGCUUUGUACUGCGUUGCUGACUCCUCAGCGGCAGUCACGUUACACGUGUGUGUGUGUGUGUGUGUGUGGGUGUGUGUGUGUGUGCGGGGGUUCAAACGAUGAAUCUCAACCUUGAAAAAAAAAUCAGAGUGGACUUUUUUUAAUAUUUUCUCAUUGAAUGUCACGUGUCUACGUCCACUAAUCUCACAUAGGUCAGUCUUUUUAGCAACGAGUGUUACUUUUGUGCCUUUCCCUCCUGCGUCUGUACAUGCAGUCGUCUCUGAAACUGAUGGUUUUACCUCAAGAGACUUACUGUUGGAUCUUUUCACCUUUUGUGCCAGAAACUCUGCACAAAGGGAUCAAAACAAGCCCAGAUCUAGUGUUAGAUGGUACCGAGUCCAAACUUCAAUUUGGGCUUGAAGGUUAUGUGGAUUGGAGCCGUUUUGAGUUAGAAAAGGAAUACGUUGUAGUAUUUGAGGUAAUAACGUCGGAUUAAAAUAAAGUGCAAUUUUUAGCUUCUGACGAAACUUAAGAACAUUGUUGUCUGACAUUUGGGUUAAGAUGUUGUAGAAAGCUCCUCUGGAGGUGUCACGCCCACCGAAACUCGGUUGAAGCACGACUUCAGUGAAGCUUCUAACACUCGGUAUCAACAAAUAUGAACGGCUCACAGCCCCUGGCUCAGUAGUUUGUGGAACUGUGGUUUCACACGGGAAGGCAUUUAGUCAUUUUUAUUCACGUCUCAUACUCUUAAGUCUAAGCUGGGAUCUUAACUACCCUUUAAUUUGACUGGAGUGACGUUUUUGAGUUGACAGAGGUUCAGAAUAGUUAUAUUGAUGUAGUUUUACUCUAUUCUAUCUCAAAACAGCUUCAGUUCCUGUCAUAUGAACGUUUACACUCCGUACCAAACACACCACACUCUGAAGAUGUUUGCUCUAUUUGUUACACAUUAGUGAAGAAUUAAAUGUUUUUUUUUGUUUUGUGUUUUUAUAAAAGCUACAGCAUGUUUGAUAAAAGCAAGAAAAUAUCACACUCUGUCUUGUCCUGUCCAUAUAAUCUUUUUCUGCAUAAUAAUCCAAGACUUGAACCGCUUGAGGGCAGCAAAUCCUCACAACGCGAUGAACUUGUUUUCUGCCGUAUUUCAAAUGAGUGGUGACUUGUUCAUGUGUGGAAAGGUUGCAAAGGCAUUUUUGUGGGUUUCUUUCCAAGAUGUUGUGUCUUGAAAGGGAAAUUACUGUCACGUAUGCACCUUUUUGUCUCACUAUUAAAUCACAAAUCCUCUUGAA